UGCGUCUUCGUUUCAUAAGUUAAAAAAAUCAGAAUUUCUCUUGGUUAAUCUUAAGAAAGGAGAUGGCUCGUACCAAGCAAACUGCCCGUAAAUCAACCGGUGGUAAGGCUCCAAGGAAGCAGCUCGCCACCAAGGCUGCAAGAAAAUCUGCUCCUACUACCGGUGGGGUCAAGAAACCUCAUCGUUAUCGCCCUGGAACUGUUGCUCUCCGUGAAAUCCGGAAGUACCAAAAGAGCACUGAGCUUUUGAUCCGCAAGUUACCUUUCCAGCGACUUGUUCGUGAAAUUGCUCAAGACUUCAAGACUGAUUUGAGGUUCCAGAGCCAUGCUGUACUUGCCCUCCAGGAGGCUGCUGAGGCUUAUCUCGUGGGUCUGUUUGAGGACACCAACUUGUGUGCUAUUCAUGCCAAGAGAGUCACCAUCAUGCCUAAGGACAUCCAGCUUGCUAGGCGUAUCCGUGGUGAACGUGCUUAAGCCCUGUUCUUAGUAUACUAAUUUUAGUUCAUUGGAUUUGAUACAACUAGUUUAGGUUUUAUAGUUUCAAUUCACUGUUUGCUUAUGAUGUCGAACAACUGUGAACCUAAUUGAGGUAUAGUUGAUGGAUUUUUAUGUGGUUUCGUUCUCAAUUCUGAUUAUAUAUUUAUGUGGAAUGGCUGUUCAUUA